CAGUCUCAGAACCGGCAGUUUCAAAAAGGCGCGUGAGUCUGCCAAAAUGGAAGACAGAAAUGGGCGCGCUGGUGCUAGAAAAUGGAAUAUUCAGCAAAUGCGAAAACAGUUGGCAGAUGAAACAAUCCGUUCUCCAAAAAGACUAAGUAAUAGUCCAGUUACUGGAGGGAAGUUGAAACCUGUCUCCGGUUAUCAUUCAGGAAGGCAAUUUGGAAGCAUGGGCCUAGGCAGUUUGCAAUUCGGCUCUCCAAAAAGUAACGACGUAAGUCAAUUUAUGGCAUCUGCAAAUGAAAUUUCCUAUCACAAAAAAGAAUCGUCUUUAUUUGAGCCAUACAACUACACAUCUGAUUCGAUGCACAUUGUUGCUGAACCAAGGCAGGACCAAAGUAUGUUUGCUACUUUUGAUCUAGAACGGACAACAAUGAUGUCUGCAGCCGACUUAAGCAGCAUGAGCAUGAUGGUUGAAAAAGACCCCGAGUUGUAUGGUAGUGGUGUUCUAUUCGAAAACUUCAAAAAGAGUCUUCAAACAUAUUGUCAUGCAGGGCAAGUGUUUGAGCUCAUUGCCUGUUAUGAAAAACUUUGUAGGGACCACAUUCAAAAGCUCCUGGGUUUUGUAAGCCAUGUUGAUCCAACCAGAAGUAGAUUUCAAAGCACCACUAGGAUGAUAAACUUCCUUUAUCAGGAAUGCUAUACAUGGAGGUUAAUUGGCUCUUUGAUAAAAGACAAACUACACCAAGAAAUAGAUGAAAUGAAUGAAGAAAAAGCGGAUGUAAGUUUAAUCCAAGAUCAGUUUCCAAGUUUUAAGCGUAUCAUUGAGAAGUUGUUUAACAGAGAGCCAUCUACAAGAUAUUGUCAGCUAAUUGUAGACUGGCUGGAGAAGAAUGCUGAAGAUAAAAUAAAUGAUUUUAUUGCAACAGACAACCUGCAGUUUACAUCUGACUCUGUAUCUUGGGAACACACAUUGCACACCCUAAACAUGCUAUCAACCUCAAAGGGAGGUUCAAGAUUUGUAACAGAAUUGGAUCCAGAUGCACCUAUUCGCCAAAGAAGACCAUUGGCAGAUUUAGAUCAAGAUGAUGAAAAUAGACUCAUGAAGUACGUUUUUAUGUUUUUGAGAGCAGGAAAGCUAGAAGAAGCAAAAGAUAUAUGUAUCAAAUAUGGGCAAUCAUGGAGAGCAGCAACACUUGAUGGGUGGAGAUUAUGGCAUGAUGCCAAUUUUGAAGAUAGUACAAAGAAUGGGGAGAUGGAAAUCACUGAAGGAAAUCCUUUUGGACUUAUUUGGAAAUCUUGUUGCUGGAAGCUUUCUGAAGACACUGAAGUGAGUACUUAUGAGAAAGCUAUAUACUCUGCACUUAGUGGAAACUUGAGACAGCUUUUAAGUGUCUGUGGAUCUUGGGAAGACCGUUUGUGGGCAUAUUUCAAGGUCCUGGUUGAUGGAAAGGUGGAACAGGAAUUGCGUCAUGUAAUUAAUGAAGAUGAAUCAACAUUGCCAAAAGAGUACUAUGAAGUAACAGAAAAUCUGACACCUCAAAAGAUUUUUGAAGAAUUGAACACACAUGCAGAUGAUGUUGUUAGAACAGAGGGAAAAGAAUUUUUCCAUCUUUUUCAAAAACAUAUGAUUUUGGAUGAGCAGCAAAAUUUAUUGAAAGAAGUUGAUAUGCUCAUGGAUGAAAGUGAUAGAAUUUCAACACAUAUGUUGAGGUUCUUAGCUCAUAUUGUGUUGUUCUUCCAAACUGUUGGCUUGCAACUUGAUGAAGAUCUGUAUGUAAAAAUACUCCAAAGAUAUAUUGUUGCACUGAUCUCAAAGGAGCAGUGGGAUCAAGUUGCUUUGUAUACAGCAAAGUUGCCACCUGAUAUUCAGAUUGAUACUUAUGCUGAGUUUUUAGAGCAAGUGGAAGUGCCAAGUGAAAGAGAACGCUUUGCACAGCUGGCAAGGGAGGAGGGCCUUGAUGUGAAAGCAAUUGCAAAAAGAGUUGUGGAGAACAUUCGUGAAAGAAACCCAGAUGAAUUGCAAGAUGAUAGCUCUUUGACAGCUGGUGAUAAAAAGAAGAUUGAAUCCAUUGAAUGGCUUAUUCUAGAGCCAACACAACGCAUUGAAGCAGUUGUGCAAGCCAAUGCCAUCAUACGUGGAUUUAUUACAGCAAAGAAACUGGAGCCGGCAAAAGAAGUUUUCAAAAAGCUACCAAAAGACUCAAUCGACAUUAUCCAGCAAGAAUGGGAAGCAAAAGCUGGCAGUUCCCCACUUCCCCCGGAGUAUGAAAAUGCAAAGAAGGAGUAUCUUUGUAUUAAGGCAUAUUUAGAUGCCCAUAGUGCUUUUGAUGCUUGGUUCCAGCAUUUUCAUAACAAUGCGCCAGUAAAACCAAAACAACAGAAAAUAAAGACCUUCAAAGAGCAAGUAACUUUUGAAGCAAACAUAAAGGAAUACACUGAGAGUAAAGCAAUGUGGAAAAGGACUCUAGAUACCCAUGUUAUGCAUGUGUCAGAGAAAGUAUACAAUGUUCUAUUGUUUCCUGAAGGAUGGAUGGUUGACAUUCAUGCAGAUGAAGAUGCUAAUUCAACACGAAACAAGCAAAUGAAACAUAUUCAAGAAGUAAGCAUUCCGUUUCUAAGUUUUCUUCUUCAUACUGUUCUCCAUUCAUCUGGAAAAUAUAAAGAGUGCUUGCAAAUUGCAGAUGUGAUCCAAAGCGAACAAAGGAAAUUGUAUACUCUUUUCCGAAAGGCAGAUUUGCAAAAACUGCUUGGCCUUUUAAAAGAUUCUUCAAUGUGCCUUCUCAACGAAAAUCAAGACUUUCUGGGAUAUGAUGUGCCAGAAAUUUAUUGAAAACUUGAAGAAAAUUUAACAUAAUUUAUCUGUUUUUUAUAACAAAGACUUACUAUUUUUGGCUGAAUUUUUAUUCAGCCAUUUGUUAUACUUUAAAUUAGUUUGUAUUUGUUGGUAUAAUGAAGUUACAGAACAGUAUAAGGGAGAA